UGUCGUUUAAUCAACAAAUGGAUAAAUUAAAUACCAAACCGUUAUCAGGGCCGCUAUUGCCAAACUCCAGUAAGGAACAGCGUCUGUUAAUGCUACGCACACCCAAAUGUGCACGAUGUCGGAAUCAUGGAGUCAUUUCUUGUGUUAAAGGCCACAAAAAACUCUGUCGCUGGCGAGAAUGCUGUUGUCCGAAUUGUCAACUUGUAGUGGAUCGACAGAAGGUGAUGGCCGCACAAGUAGCACUAAGGCGUCAACAAUCAAUCGAAGCACUGGAAGCGAAUAUUAGCAGCAUUAGUAAUGAAGACACAACUCUCAUGCCUGUAAGCAACAAUAACAACUUAUCAAUAACAUCAACCAGAAUACCUCAAAGUAACGCAUCAAAUCGAGCCAAUGCAUUGCGCACCAAAGAAGCAUUAGUCGUUCAAAAGAAGAUCUACAAACAACGCCUACGCUCCCUUCAACAGACGACAUUGCACAUGACCGCCGCCCUGGAAGAAUACAAGCACCGAUUUCCCACAAUACAUUCUCCACUAAUGGAAAGAAUACGCAAGCGACGCGCAUUUGCCGAUCCGGAACUGAAUUGCAUUGCCGCAGCUGCUGUUUCUCAAAUACAUAAUGUAGUGCAGAUACCUACAGCUAGUCUGGCCGCAACAUUUAACACUAUCCCGACAUUACUAGUACCACAAUAUAUGGCUGAGCAAAAUUUACCUCAGUACUAUUCCACUACAAUGAAUUUUAAAAGUGUACCAGAAACUCCUAAUUACAACAACAACAUAAGCCUAUUUAAGCCUAUUAAUAAAGAGGAAUCUAAUACAGUUGCUACACCAAGUCCACCAAUGCAUUUCGAAGAAGGAAACACUCUAACUUCGGAGAUAUAUACUGAACAAUUAACAAAUUCCACAAAAAAACCAAAAUUAAGCUUUUCCAUAGAAUCUAUUAUAGGCGUAAGUUCUUAA